AUGGUCGACAAAGCCAUCGUGCUGCCCAUUGCAUGCCUCUCUGGAAUCUGCGGGGCAAUGCUCAUCUUCAUCUGGUGGUUCUUCCCGAAAUGGUACAAGAAAGGACUCGCACAGGACCGACGGGACAUGGAUGACGCGCUGCGAGAGCGGAGAGAGUACAUCGCUGCUGAAGCUGCCGCUCGGAGAGCUGCGAACAGCUCGUCUGAUGCUGGUUCCGUGGGCGAUGCCAGCGGUGAAGAGGACCUUGAGGCGCAGCGGCGUGGCUCAAAGGCCCCGGCCGUCACGGCCCAGACGUACAGGCCGCCGCCUAUAGCUGUGUUUUAA